AUGGGAGAAGAAGAGGGUAGUUGGCUGGUUGCCCCUCCAUUGGCGGCACACCACCAUAGUCACCAUCAUCAUACCACCACCUCCACCAAUUCCUCUCUCUACCCUCUCAGCUUCACAGUGCCGCCACACCCACACCCACCAUAUCACAGCCCCACCACCACCACCAUAUCACAGCCAGCCCCGCCACCACUCCACAGCCCUGCCACACCCGCCGCCACCACCAGAUCACGGCCCCGCCACCACUUUACAACCCUGCAACCACCAUUUUACAACCUUGCCACCACCACAUCACCACCCCGCCACACCCAUCACCAUCCCCACUCCACAACCCCACCACACCCAACCCCACCACCACUUCGAAGACUCAAAUUUUACCUUCAUAGUACCACCACACCCACCACCAUCAUCGAUUACGAAUUUGCAGAAGCCCCAGCCGAAUUUGGGUUUUAG